AUGCCACAUUACUCGGUUUUGAAACAAGAGAAAAGGCUCCUACUGGCUCGAAAUAAAUCUAAAUCACGAAGAAUCGUAAACAGUGUUAAAAAUAAAGCACAUGAACUGCAAAAUUAUCUUAUUUCUAAUAAAGAUCAGUCAACCAGCAACGAGCAAUUCACGUACAAAGCACGUUCAUUUACUGGUCCAUCAUGUCAGAAACUAACGAAUUUUCUCAAACAAACAAGUACACAUGAUAAUAAUAACGUAAACGACUAUUAUCAAAUAAUUCACAAUUCCUUUUUGUUGGAAUUACUGAAACAAGCCAUUUGUGUCUCCUGUAACUCAAUAUGGAAUGGUGAUAUGUCUGUUGCAAAACGAGAAGGAUUAUAUUGUUCCUUGGUGUUUACAUGUUGCUGCUCUCAUGAAAUUAAAAUCAAUACAUCUAAACAAUGUCUAAAUACUUCUAAAAGAGAUAUUAAUGUUCGAAGUUCAAUCGGUGCAAAUUUUGCCGGUAUUGGUCAUCAAGGCUUAAUAAAGCUCUGUGCUAUAUCGAACGUACCAAUACCCACUGAUGAAGAUCAUUUCUCGGAUACCAUCGAUUAUUUACUUCCAACAUUUGAAUCAUACAAGCUUCGGUCAAUGAGCAAUGCUGUCGAAGAUGCUUGCAAGAAAUCAAAUGAACGUAAAAUUACUGUUGGUGGAGAUGGUACAUGGCAAAAGCGUGGCUUUUCAAGUUUACAUGGAGUCGUAGAAGUUUUAUCUAAUGGACCUACUGCAAAAGUGUUAGAUUUGGAACAAUUAUCAAAAAAAUGUUCGAUUAGUACAGGUCUACUGAGCAUUAAAUAUUCAGAUCCAAAACAAUAUUCAGAAAUAAAAAAUAAACAUCAAUGUGAAAUAAAUCAUGUCGGCUCAUCCGCAUCCAUGGAAGUUGCUGGAAUUCAUCGUUUAUUUGCACGUUCUAAAUAG